AUGGAAUUCUUGGAUAUGAGUGGUCCAUCGAAUUCCGAGCAGCUUGGCACGGAUGUUGCAAGGUUGCAUUUGCAUAAUAAACUACAGAUGGAAGCGUCUAAAGAGGCUGAUUCUCGAAUUACAAGCACAGCGAAACAACUAGAACCCAAACCAACAGAAAUUCGUAAAUUUCAGAAAACCGGUGACCGAGAAUUGCCUUCUUUGUGGUCUCAGUUAGAGCGAAAAAUUCCGGAAUAUUUUAAAGAUUGCGAGAUUUUUCCAAGCUUACUACACGGUGAUCUAUGGUCCGGAAACUAUUCGUUCACUAAGGAUGGCCCAGUGUUGUUCGAUCCGGCAUCAUUUUACGGGCAUAGCGAGUAUGAAUUCGGCAUUUUGACGAUGUUCGGCGGUUUCAGCCAACAAUUCCAUGCAGCCUAUCAUAAGCUAAUUCCGAAAGCCAAGGGAUUCGAACAACGUGUACUUCUGUACCAGCUCUUUCACCACCUGAACCAUUGGAGUUUGCCAAAGCACAUCGAACAUGUACAGCUUUGUCGACUUCAGUACUUUGAUAGAAUUGAUAAAUAG